CAGUUUACCUUUACGUUUGCACUGCUCACUAACUAUAUUUAUCAUGAAUAAACGCACAUAGUUUUUAAGUACGAAACAAAAAAUAUGCCAGUUAAUUAAUGGGCAGUAUUUACAUGUAGGACAUUGUAGAUAGUUCAGCUAUAUAAUGUUAGCCGGUCGUUGUAUGCUAAUCUGCGUUAGCCAUGUGUCUGCAGAGCAACCUCUGUGAUAAAGCAUUAUAUGUGUAACUACACAUUUAGAGAUUCUGAAGAUAUCGGGAGCAGGUGUCCUAUGGACAAAUGUAUGAACUGUGUUUGUGGAAGUGUAUACUGUUAAAUCUCAUCAAACACACUUCGUUUAGCUGCUCGCUGUCCAUAAUGACGCCCCAUAAACCAUGCGGAUCAGAUUAGAGCCAUAUGAAUCUACCUGCAGAUCUUUCCGAAAGGAGAGUGGAGCAGCCAGUCAUCCGCUAUACAAGUCCUAAUCUAGUGUAGCUAGGGUCAUUCUUAGGCCAGUAUUGCUUUGCAUAGUCCCGCUCGGGUUAAGAUACAAGUUCAAAUCAAACUAAAGAUGGACAAGAACCAAAGCAACAAAGACAAUAUUAACAUACCAUAAUCAUCACCACAAUGACAUCAUAGUUAUAAUUAUUCACAACAAUUUCCUGUUCCGUUCAGUUCUCAUAUGCAACUGCAAAGCACUUGCACUUAUUGAUCCUAAUUUAAAAUUUGAGCAGAUUACCUCAUGAUUUCAUUUUAUAUUUUGGAGGAUGGGAGUUCAAAGAUUUAUUUAACAAAUAGAUCUGAAAAUUAAAUAUUAAAGAAAUAUUUUCACAGAUUAGUCAGAUGUACUGAUUUUUGGAAAAUUGUCUUUUGUCACCAUUGUCACCAUCAAUUUUUUUUUUUUCUGUGGUACUGUGUAUUGUAAGAUAUUUGGUAAAUUAGAGGUAUCAAACCAAUUAGUUUGAUUUGUCCAAAUCUGUGGAUGCAAUACUAACAGACAACUGUCUGUAAAGAUAUAACCUCCUUGGCAGAGAUGAUGAUGAUGAUUGGAAAGGAGAAUUAGGACUUUUGUUUACACACAGGUUGUUAAUAGAUGUUGAUAUUUAAAGUUGUACCUGUCCCUAACGGAUAUUUUUUUGUUAAGAAUCACACACAUAUAUUAGCCAGUAUGUUCUAAGAAGUAGAGCAAACAAAGAAGGAUAGCCAGAUGUAUAGAAAUAUUUUACCAGUGCAGGAACUUUAAAACAUAAUUUAGCACAUUUGACAUUAUGGUAAACUAAAACUAGCAGGGAAAAAAAUUUCCUGUUAAAACAAGAAAACUAACAAUAUUGUAUCCAACACACAUCUGUAAAUCAUAUACAAGUUCUCAGUAACAGACAACAGUAUGAGUGGUGUUUUAAGGAAGUUUAAACUCUUUGUUCUUGUUUAUUUAGCACAUUUACUAUCCUCAUUUCUCUUUGUAAAACUUGUGGACCAGGUUUUAACUGAAGCAUCUUCAGAUGUCCACCCUUCAUAGAGUAUUUCACAGUUAAAGCCCUCAGGGGGCUAGGGUUUUUUCUGCUCUGGCUUUUUCCACCUUCUUUCGUUUUAUUGGACACAGUUGCUCUUUCUUCCCUCCUCUUUAUCAGAUGAGCAUUUGCCAGCCUUUAAUAGUCUGUAUAUUUAAAAAAAAAAAAAAAAAAAGUGCAUAUUUUACACUCUUUUUUUUCUGAGUUGUGAUCCAUCAGUCUAAGGCCUGUGUCCUCCUCUGCCCUGUCUCCACUUCUAGGCUUCUUUAAUUCCCUGUCAUGUUCUCUUUCUGUAAUUCCCAGCUUUAACCUGCUCAGUGACUGUUAAAGAAUCGCAGUCAGUGUCUUUCAUUUUCAUUCACCUGUAACUGUGCGCUGGCCUCUGUCCUUUUGUGAGGCAGCGUUUGAAGGAUGUGUCUACCUCACUGUGUUUCAGCAGACAUCAGACAUUCAGAAGAGAAGAGGAGGAUCCUUCACUUUCACCUGUUUGAGUCUUUUCAAGAGAAACUGACGUCCUUAAAUCACUCAACGCCUGCUUCAUUCUUUAUCUUGACUCACCUGUGCUGACGCUGUGAGGCCUGACAGCAGCUCCAGCUCAUCACGUCAUGUCUCAGAAGUCACAGUCAGACGGCGGGCAGAAAGGCUUCGCUGUGGGCCGAGGGCUCCUCGCCGCCGCGGAGACCUUGAACUUCAGCAUGAACGAGCAGCGCUCUGGCCAACAGAUGGGGGGUAUGGCCUCAGGUGUGGGAAUGGGUGGUGGUAGUGGUGGCGGCGGAGGGAGGGAGGGGCAGAGGGGCAACUCUCCAAUGUCUCGACGUAGUGGUGGUACAGGUGGCAGUCUUGGCAGCACCAUGAAGCUUUUUGCAAGCUUGGGGUUGUCUCCAUCCGACCUGGAUGCUCUGGCUCAGAUUCCUGAGGACGAGAUCAGCGUGGAGACGCUGCCGCAUCUCCUCAUGCAGCUCAAGAGUCGCAAGGGUGAUGCUGAAGAGCGGCGCAGUGCACCGUCCAUGUCCUCUGACUCAGCAUAUCGAGGAGGUGGGGACAGCUGGGAUGAUGGACACAUGGGGAGGAUGGGAGGGGAUUCUCUGGGUCAGAGUUCAGGCCGGGCCCAGGCCUCAGCAAACUUUGGAUUCACUUCCAUGCAGGACUCCCCCUCCAGCCGGGGCUUCGGCUUAGGUUUUGGUGGUGGUGGUGGUGGUGGAGGAAACCGAGACCGGUCAUACUCUGACCUUUCCCGCCGUGACUCGUAUGGCGGACUCGGCAUGGGCUCACUGAACUCUGACUCCAUCUUUAUGCAGAGGAGGAUGGGCUCGCCGUCACAGGGGAAAAUCCAGGACUUCUUGGGAGUCAUGCCCCCCAUGUUCCCCCAUGUCUGCUCUCUUUGUGACUUUGAUGUGCAUUCCACCAUGGAGUGGAACCAACACACUAAUGGACUUCGACAUGCAGAGAACAGACGGCAGCUGCUCGACAUGUAUCCUGAAUGGGACCCUGGCAUGGACUCGAGCAGAGGGGGGCUCCUGGACACCCCUAACCUGUCUUCAGGACUACUGGGACCGGCCCCCAUGUCUUCAGCUGCAGCAUCAGGAGGGAUGUCGUCCAGCUGGGGAGGAGGAGCUACUGGUAUGUCAGGGAUGAACCAGCACGGACAAAAUAAGAUGAGAAGCAGGGUGGUGGUGGUGAAAUACGACAGGAAGCCGCUCAGCAACAAGACCCUGUUCGCCUUCACAGAGCCAUUCGGUCGCUUGAGGGAACAUCUGAUUCUCAAGAACAAGGCCUUCUUAGAGAUGGACACUCAUGAAGCAGCUCUGGACGUGGUGAACUACUACGAGCAGCACCCGGCGUCUCUGUACGGCAAACCGGUGUCCUUCUACCUGUCCAAGAGGCUCAUGGUCAUCGAGAAAGCGAAUCGCUCGUCUGACAGGAUGAUGGACAGACCCGUCAGAGACUUCAAAGGUCACGGCAGUCAGGUGGUCUUCUUCACCAACCUACCCAGAGACGAGGAGACGAAGAAGGAGCUGCUGACCGUCGCCGGACGCUUCGGGACCGUGGAGAAACACCUGUUCUUACACAAAGAGGCAUUUGUUCAGCUCGGAACGCCACAGGACGCAGAGAUGUUGGUGAAAUAUUACAGCAUGAACCCACUCACUAUCAGAGGCCGACAGAUCCGCCUCAACAUCUGCGCCAAGUACAAGACCCUGAACAUCAACAGGAGACAGGAAGGCUUCGGAGACGGUCGAGGUCGGAGGAACGACGGAGGAAACUUCAGCUCCGGAUCCAGGAGCAGCUUCACGUCCAGAAAUUCAUCGUCCAGAACCUCCUCCAGCUCCAGAACCAGAGAGGACAGGAAGAGGGAGGAGGAGGAGAGACCUGCAGUCAAGGAGAAGGAGGAGGAAGAGGAAGAGGAGGAAGAGGAGGAGGAGGAGGAAGAGGAGGUGUGUGGGGUGAUGGAAGGGGAGGACGGAGGAGAGGAGGAGCAGAUGACGACCAAUGGAGACACAGAGGGGGCGGAGCCAGAGGGAGUGGACGCCAAAACAGAUGCAGGGGAGUCGAAGAAGGUUUCAGGGGGCGAUGAUGGCGCCGAGGACACGCCUGCAGAAGGGGGUGGGGCUGAGGGGGAUGCCAAACCGGGGGUGGAGCCAGAACGGUUGGAAAGUGAAGCUUCAGUUAAAGAUGGAGAGAACGCAGAGCAGACGGAGGAGGCGAUGGAGGGAGACGAACCUGACGACCUGGACUUCCUGGAGAACAUGGAGGACUUUGUGACUCUGGAUGAACUUGCAGAAGACGAAGAUGAAUCCCACGACGACUCGGACUCCAUCGAUAACUCCAGGAAAGGGGGUAUGAGGGUGGUGAACGUCGUCGGCUUCAGACGAGGUUAUAACUUCAUGUCGGAGCUGUUGGGACUCGCCAAGCCGUUCGGAAAAGUGGUGCGACAUUUGGUGCUCGACUUACGACCCGAGGCCUACUUUCAGUUCGCCACAGAAGAAGAAGCUCGUACGAUGGCGAAGUUCUACAGCGGGAACGUGUUGCCGUCGGUUUGCGGUCGAGCAGUCAGAGUCAGUCACUCCAUGACCUACCCGACCAUCCAGGUGAGCCCCGUCCCCUUCCUCCUCCGUCUUCAUCUCAUUCUUUUUUCUACCUCUGCGUCUUCUUCAGCCCUCCUUCAUAUUUGUGUUGGUUUGAUCCGUCAGUGCGGUACCAGCCGGGUGGUCUACAUCGGCCAGAUCCCCAACAUCAAAUACUCCGACGACGACAUCCUCAAACUAGCCAUGCCGUUCGGAAAAGUCCGGAAAUACUUCCUGCACCGGCUCAAGAGAGAGUGUUUCAUCGAGAUGGAGAAAGCAGAGGACGCAGAGAGACUCGCUGAACAUUACAAAACCGAACCGCCGAAGUUCAACGGCAAACGUCUGACGGUCUACGUCAGCAGGAAGUACAAACAGCUCAAAUACGGACAUCGUUGUGUGAGCACAUCUGACGACAAGAAAUCUGGAAAGAGAGAAAAGAGCAGCACGCCUCCUCGAUCCUCCAAACAUCCUGAAGCUCCUCCGGCCAAGAAACCAAAAGAUGAGGAGAAAGCAGAGGAGAAACUAGAGAAGACAGAGGAGAAACCAGAGGAGAAGACAGAGGGGAAACCAGAGGAGAAGACAGAGGGGAAACCAGAGGAGAAGACAGAGGGGAAACCAGAGGAGAAAACCGAGGAGAAAGCAGAGGAGAAAACCGAGGAGAAAGCAGAGGAGAAAACCGAGGAGAAAGCAGAGGAGAAACGAGGGCAGGAAGAGGAGAAUUCACAAGAAGAGGAAGAGGUGGCGGUGAAGGAAAAGGAGAAUAAGCCAGAGGAGAGAGAGGAACAAUCAGAGAAGGAACAAGAACAGGAGCAAGAGAUAAUGGAGGAGGAGGAGGAGAAGGCUGAUGCUGGUAACGAAGAGGAGAAGAACGAAGACGCCUCAGAGGAGCAGCAGAGCAGCCUAGAACAAAUCAUAACACAGAAGUUGGAGGAGGAGUUAGAGUCUUUGUCCAAUCAGAACGGACAGACUGAAGCCCCCCCGGUGGAUGAACCCGAACCCAAACCCAGCGUGGCCUCUCUGCCGCUGCCUCCCUACGACCCCAACACCCCCAUCGGUGCGGAACAUGUGAAGAUGGGUUAUUACUGCCGCGUCUGCUUCCUGUUUUACUCCAACGAAGACACGGCCAAGGUAACGCACUGCAGCAGCCAGAUGCACUACGACAAACUGCAGAAAUAUCUGGAAAAGGAACAGACUAAAACAAAGAAGAAGGGGAAGAAGUCUGCGUAGAAAUCAUCCAAUCAGAGCUGGACUAGACGUAACAGACUUUUUUUUUUAGUUUCUCCUAAAAUGUGUUUGACUGUUGACUUUGUGCGACUGCAGAUAAACGGUUUUAUAGAAUCAGUUAGUCCUGUUUGAGUCCUGCAGGUUUUACACAACAAACAGCUCCGUGAACAUCAACUGACAGAAGAAAUAAGAACUAAGCUGCAUGAUUUAUGUUUCUGAUCCUUUGGACAUUUUCUUAAUAAACACUUUAGAAAACUUG